CAAUCGGUGGCGGAUGGAAUUUAUAGUGGGUGGUCACAGCUUGGUGCCCAUUGCUAAAGAGGGGCAUCUUCUUAGCUUAAUUUUGUAAUCCCCUCUCCCCUACUCAAUAUCAUAGAUCCAUCCAAGGGCAUAAGUCAAGUCGAGCCAGCUUUGCCCUCGUACAAGCUUUCCUAGCCUAGACGGACCAAAUCAAGUUCAUUCCCUUGUGAGUUAACGACUUGCUACGAUGGCAUUUCCACAGUCUUCUGGAUGCAAAAUUCUUUACCAUCGUUUGAUGCUCCCAGACUGGCUCCGUAAGAAUGCAAAAUGGGAAUGCGCUUGUGGAGGAGACGAGUUAAACCUGACAAUCGAGCCAGAUAAUUCCGACUGGGAUAACAUUUUCCGUGUUAAACUCUUGCCACAAGGACAACUUACAGACGACGCUGAUAUCACCGUCAAGAUGGUUUGUGGUGUCAUUCUUCCUGAGCCACAGAAACCACGCGAUCCCAUGUCUUUCAUGAUUUCAGAUGGUUCAUUUUCUGUAGGGAUUCAGCUCCUCGACCCCAACCACGACUAUGCCAAGUCAGGGCCUUACAAAGCUGUUGAAGGUACUUCAAGAAGAAAACGGUUGACAAACCCAAAUACCAACGUGGUUACUUCUCAAGACCUCGUCACAACUAGCAGCAAAAACAACCCUGAUCAGUUUGAGAUUACCUUCAAACCGAGCGAGUUCUUCGGAUCUGCUUACUGUGCUAUUGAUGACGGGCACAAACUGGUGGCGCAGUACUCUGAUACGCUUAGACUGUCAAAGGGACUAACCUUCGAGUUGUACCGGUUCAAGAGCGUGGAGAGGUAUACCAUCAACUACGUGGAAAUUACAAUCAUCCAAGAUUCUCCCAAUAUUGACUGAAAAGAAAUGCAAUUUCAUUCUUUCAGUGACUAGCUAGCUUCAAAACUGCCCAUGAUGAUUUGGACUCUUGUUAAAUGUAAAAAUAAAUGUAGUUUUUCUUUAGUUAAGUAAUUUGGUAAAACGAUGUUAUUUACUGAUUCCUUUG